AUGACCAUAGUAACAACCAAACUAGGUGAGAAGACCUACCAGGAGAAGGAGAAGGUGGAUGAUGAUAAUUUAGAUUCGAAUAUUGGAGCCAUUUUAGAAGAGGAGGAAAAGAACAUUGAAGAAGUGGAGAACAAUGAAGAAGUGGAGAACAUUGAGAAGGAUCCGAUGGUGAACAUUGAGAACGUUGAGAAGGAUCCGAUGGAGAACAUUGAGAACGUUGAGAAGGAUCCGAUGAAGAACAUUGAGAAGGAUCCGAUUGAGAACAUUCAGAACGUUAAGAAGGAUCCGAUUGAGAACAUUGAGAACGUUGAUAAGGAUCCGAUUGAGAACAUUGAGAAUGUUGAUAAGGAUCCGAUUGAGAAUGAGAAGGAAAAGGAGGAGGAGGUGAAGAAGGUAGUGAAGAAAAAGCCGGCAAAGAAGGCAAUGAAGAAAAUGGUGGAAAAGAAGGUAGUGAAGAAAAUGGAUGAAAAGAAGGCAGCGAAGAAAAUGGAGGAAAAUGAGGACGAUGAUAUGAAAUUAUUCAAUACUCCUCCUAAAAUCAUAUUUAUCUCGCGAACGACAAGGAAGCCGAGGAAUGAUCCAAUCCUAAUCUAA